AUGGAAACCCAUCUUUCAAAAUCUCAAAACGUUCGUACAAGUUUAUUAGAUUUAGUAACACUAGCAGGAGCAGAAAAUAGCAAAAAACCUACUAUUAUCAUUCCCGAAUUCCUUUAUUUAGGAGAUGCAAAGACUGCUUGUUGGUUUCCACAUUUUGUAUCAAAUAAUAUAACUCAUGUUAUCAACCUUUCUGGGUGUUCGAAUUUUUGGGAAACAAAAGAAAAUAUAUACAAGAAUUUAUCUAAAUCCCAUAAUCAACACUCUUCUGAUCAAUCCGAAGAACUAAAAUUUAUAAAUAAAGUUAAACAAGUUUUAUUUCCGGAAAAAGAUAAUGUUCUAUCGAAUGGAAAUGGUGAAAUUAUCGACAAUAUGAAAUAUAUAGAUAAUAAUGAUUUUAUUCCUCCCAAAUAUCUCAAAAUAGAUAUCGCGGAUGAUCCAUCAUCCGAUAUAUACAAACAUUUUUGUGAGUGUAUUGGUUUCAUUGAAAAUGCCAAGUCAACAAAUGGUCACGUCUAUAUUCAUUGUCAAGCAGGAAUAAGUCGAUCUGUAACGAUUGUAAUCGCUUAUUUAAUGAGUUCACAAAAAAUUUCUUAUAAACAAGCAUUUGAUUUAAUUAAAGAAAAAAGACCAAUUGCGAAGCCAAAUCAUGGAUUUAUAAAACAAUUACGGGAAUUUGAAAAGGAAGUCAUUGAUAAAGAGCAUAGACAUUUGUUUUAA